UACAAAAAUUUCAUCAGUAUUGAAACUCAAGUUUACUCCAGCUGCCAUGACCCACAAGGCGCUGUUGGCCUCGAAAACCAGUCUUAAAUUUUACUGUUGCGAAUUCCGCCACUUUGGUGAGAGAACAUGGUGACUUUUAUUUUUGUCACUUCAGAAUCAUCGGUCGGUGUAUAACUAGCUUCUCACAGAGGAAUUAACACUUGCUAGAGUUAUGGUCAGUCAGCACUUCGAAAUUCAUGUACUAAACAUGUUUUUUACUGUGCAAGAUAUUAAACGAUUAUCCCUAACAAGAUACGAAACGAAUUAACUCAUGUUUAUCAAAAGUUAUGCUUGAAUAACCUGCAUAUGUCUUUAGGACGGUUGACGAAGCUUGGCCAGCACCAUGAACCACCAUAACCACUGCAUGCCUCCCUGUUACCUUGAUGUAAACUGCAGGUAAUCGUCUCUUUGUUGUCUUGGUGGUAAGUGUAACUGCAGGUUCAUGGUGACCAAGUAGAUUAAUAUACUGGCUGGUGUUGAGUGGUGAAGGCCUUGCUUCGACCAACCUAGACGAGCUUCGAGAAAUCUAGCACUGCCUCUACUGCCAUCACAACAACGCUGCCACCACGUCCAGUAUACUCCGCUUCCUCGCUUUGGAAACCAUAGCUAAAAUACCCUUAACAUCUAGAUGUGGCUGAAUAACUGCAUGUGUAAUAAAUAAAAUUAUCAUCACUGAAUAUAACAACAAUUAAAAUGCUUUAAUAUCACUUAUUAAAAAUUAUAAAGUAGUGAAAAACCUAUAGUCAUUAUGGCCAUGGUAGGCUCAUUAGAAUAGUUUCUGGUUUUAAAGGGAUUUAAUAAACAAACAAGUCAGUAGAUAAGUGUUGAAGAGGACCAUCAGGUUGGGAGCUUGUCCUCACUACUAGCGUGGCCGGACACACCCUCUCACACAUCCCUACUACCAGGCCUCCGUGAUAUCCUCAAGUCCUGGCAUGAGAUGUGCAGCGAGAUCUCCCACAAGUCUUAUGACUACCUUGAUUACCGCGACCAUCACUUUGAGUCUGACUUGGACGUGUUCGCUGCCAGCGUCCGGGAACUGCUGCGGCGCAUCCACAUGAUGGUGGAGAAAGAACACGAGGAGAUCUGGGAGACACCCAUGGCCUACAAAAUGCUGGCCAGGUUUGAGAAGAUCGCCGAGGUUGUGCCGCAGCUGGACGUGGAAGGGAAGUACAAGAGGAUCCUGGCGCGAUUCCACCAGGAGCUGGAGAAGGUGUCCCGCAUCUACUCCCGCCAGUGUGAGAACCCGCCUCAGCUCCGCGGCCUCCCACCUGUCGCUGGAAAGAUUCAGUGGGCACGGAGUUUGUUCCUGCACCUGGAAGAGCCCAUGAUGUUCUUCAAGGAUCAUCAUAUGCUACUGAAGAUGCCCGAGGGCAAGGAGGCAGUGAAGAAGUACAACCGCAUAGGAAGGAUUCUAGUGCAGUAUGAACUGGCUUACUAUGACGCUUGGAGGAAGCAGAGUAUGAACGACAUCCAGAAGUCACUGCGAUGUACACUGGUGGUGCGGCGGCCUGACACGGAAGAGCUUUACGUGAACUGGGACCCGAGGAUUUCCACACUUCUGCAUGAGGCCACCAAGAUACAGCAGCUCAGCCUCGACGUACCCUAUAUGACCCAGCUCCUCCUCAACAGGGCGCCUUUACUUCUGAAAAAGCGAGACAUGGUCAAGCAUCUCCUGAACGAACACGGGCGUGUGCUGGGGAAGGUGAGCAAGAGCCUAGCGCCCCUACUUGUGCCUCAUGUAAACAAGCUUAAGGACGCCCUUGACCCGCUCCUCACAUCACUCACCUGGUCCUCUAUACAGGCCCACAGCUUCUUUGACCAGGGCUUCCAGGCGGUGCGAACCUUCGAGGUGCUUAUUGACAGGGUGAACGACAUCUUCCACCACCGGAUGGAGGGUGUUCUGGCGGCGAUGACCAAUGUGCGGCUCUAUGUGCUGCCAGACACCGCACCAUGGACUCUCGAGCUGUUCGUCCACAACACCUGGCUCACUUGCUGCCAGGCUGCACAGGAGCUCAACAGCAGAAGUCGGGUGGUGGAGGACGCGGUGUUGGAGUUAAUCGAGCUAGUGCUGGUGGGUGUGGAGGGAGGGACACCAGGUCACGACAACACCAGCUUCUUGACCGCUGAGGACCUCGACGACGGUGGCGACCUCGAAGACUCUCGUUCAGUGUCGUCUGGAGGAGGUUCCUCCCGCCGUAGUCCAGUGCCAGUAGCGGAGGGGACUUUCACAACCACACUAGAGCUGCCCACCAAGCCACUCACCCCCCAGGAGAAAGCCGCUAAGAAGAAGAAGGAGAUGCGGGAGAAGGUAGAGUCAGCGGCAAGAGACCUGAGGAGGGUAUACCAUCGCCGUGUGCUCGACGUCCUUAUUAAGUCUGUCCGCGGGGCUCUUGAUUCCAUCCGCAAGCACAUGUCCGUCACCACCCCACGAGCUCAAAGUGAAUGCAACAGCCGAAUGCGUGGUGGUGCGGCAGAAGAGACUCAGGGCGUGGCACUGGUAGAGCUGAGUGCCUCCCUGGUGUCCCCUGGCGUGCAGGUCACCCCCAGUAUGGAGGCGGUGCAGGAGGCCAUCAACAAAGUAUCCAAAAUCAUCCUCUCCACAGCCAAGGGCGUCUCCCAGUGGAUCAGAUGCCGUAAAGAGGACGUGGGAGAGCCUCAGAGAAAAUGUGAAGAUUCUAUUGGGAUUCGAAGAUCUUGGAAGGCGAGGGAGGAGGUGCUUGAGGUCCCGGCGAUGACUAAGAACUACUACACACACGUCUACGAGAGCAAAGACGUGUCAAAGGUCAUGACUCAUAUGCCCAACUCAUUCCAGUCAACGAAGAACGAGCUGUACAACACCUUCAGCGCAUGGGAGAAGUAUCAUCAUCUCUGGCGGGUCGACAAGGAGUUGGCCAUCAGGGAAUUCAUUAGCAGUGGCCCGACGCUGCAAGACUACGAUAAGACACUCAAGAGCUACGUUGACCUGGAUAAACAGAUCAGUAGUGAACUCAGUUGCUACCGUGUGGGUGCACUAGCCGUCAAUACUGACAUCCUCAAGAAAGCUCUCAAAAUCGAGGCGGGGUUGUGGGUGACCAAGUACGGGGAGGGGCUGAAGACCACUUACAUGAAGGAGAUGGAGAGGCUUUUCGCCCAGCUGACGGAACUCUCACGCCGCCUCGAGCGACCUCUCAAGGAUCUCGAUGAUAUUAAGGGCGCCAUCGACAUCCUCCGCAAGACUCGUGACCUAGAACUAGACAUGGAUGAUGCCAUCGACCCUAUCGAGGAAUCAUUUGGUCUGCUGGUGAAGUACGAGCUGGGGCUGACACAAGAGGAGGCAGAGAAAGUGGACAACUUGCGCUUCACCUGGCAGAAGGUGUUGGCACAAGCCGUCGAAGUCCAGAACCUCUUGUCUCGUGUUCAACCCUACUUCAGGAACGAGCUGAUUCACAACGUGGCGCAAUUCAAGAAGGACUGCAACAAGUUUGUGCACGACUACCGCGCUACUGGUCCAAUGGUACCCGGUCUAGAUCCUCGCGACGCCUCUGACAGGCUUAUCAUCUCUCAGAAUCGGUUUGACACAUUAUGGAGGAAGCACUCAAGCUACUCUGUGGGAGAGGAGCUCUUCCGCCUGCCUCGUUCAGAGUUUCCGGAGCUGGCUCAGAUUCGUAAAGAGCUGAACCUACUGCAGAAGCUCUACAAGCUCUACAACGAUGUUAUUGACCGUGUGACCUCCUACUAUGACAUCCCCUGGGGUGAGGUCAACAUCGAGGAAAUCAAUAAUGAGCUCAUGGAAUUCCAGAACAGAUGCCGCAAGCUACCGAAGGGGCUGAAGGAGUGGCCAGCCUUCAACACGUUGAAGAAGACUAUCGAUGACUUCAACGACAUGUGUCCCUUGUUGGAACUCAUGUCGAACAAGGCAAUGAAGCCGCGUCACUGGCAGCGCAUAGCUGAGGUUAUCAACCGACCCCUGGAGGUGGACAGCGAUAACUUCUGCCUGAGGAACAUCAUGGACACACCGAUACUUCAGUUCAAGGAGGACAUAGAGGACAUCUGCAUCUCGGCCGUUAAGGAGAAGGACAUAGAAGCCAAACUGAGGCUCGUGACAAACGAGUGGGCUAACCAUGACCUGACCUUCUCCACCUUCAAGAACCGCGGCGAGCUGCUACUGAGGGGCGAUACCACGGCUGAGGUCAUCACCCAACUGGAAGACUCCCUCAUGGUGCUGGGCUCUCUCCUCUCUAACAGGUACAACGCGCCAUUCCGAAAGCAGAUUCAGAAGUGGGUGAGUGACCUGUCCAACACGAACGAGAUCCUGGAGCGGUGGCUCUUCGUACAGAACCUCUGGGUAUACCUGGAGGCAGUGUUUGUGGGAGGAGACAUCGCCAAGCAACUGCCAAAGGAGGCCAAAAGGUUUUACGUGAUCGACAAGAACUGGCAGAAGAUCAUGGCUCGGGCGCACGACAACCCUAACGUGGUGACGUGCUGUGUGGGCGACGACAUGUUGAAACAGCUCCUCCCUUACCUGCAGGACCAGCUCGAGGUCUGCCAGAAGAGCCUGUCCGGAUACCUGGAGAAGAAGAGAAUGUUGUUCCCGAGGUUCUUCUUCGUGUCGGAUCCUGCCUUGCUCGAGAUCCUUGGUCAGGCCUCAGACUCCCACACUAUCCAGGCUCACCUCCUGUCCAUAUUCGACAAUACCAAGACCGUCCGCUUCCACGAGCAGGACUACGACCGCAUCACUGCCAUCUCCUCUUCUGAGGGAGAAGUCGUGCUGCUGGAGAAGCCAAUCCGCGCCGAGGGCAGUGUGGAGAUCUGGUUGAUGAAGCUACUGGUGAUGUGUCAACAGUCAGUACACGGCAUCAUCCGCCAGGCUCACCAUGUCAUCCAGGACCCCGACCUAAAUGUUCUCCGCUUCCUCGAGCAAUUUCCGGCCCAGGUUGGCAUCUUGGGGUUGCAGAUGAUCUGGACCAGAGACUCAGAGAUGGCCCUCACGCAGGCCCGCGCCGAUCGUCGCGUCAUGGCCGAUAUGAACAACCGGUUCCUGGACCUGCUGAACUUGCUGAUCAACCAGACUACUAGAGACCUAGAGCCUGUGCAGAGGACCAAAUACGAAACGCUCAUCACUAUCCACAUCCACCAGAGAGACAUAUUCGAUAGCAUGUGCAGGAACAACGUAAGGUCAGUGUCGGACUUCGACUGGCUGCGACAGAUCCGCAUAUACUUCAGGGAGGACCUAGACCGUACUAACAUCGUGCUCACGGAUGUCACCUUCCAGUACCAAAACGAGUUCGUGGGCUGCACCGAGAGACUCGUCAUCACACCCCUCACCGAUAGGUGUUACAUUACCCUCGCUCAAGCUCUUAGUAUGAGUAUGGGAGGAUGCCCCACGGGUCCUGCAGGUACAGGGAAGACAGAGACCACCAAGGACAUGGGUAAGACGCUGGGGAAGUACGUUGUCGUCUUCAACUGCUCCGACCAGAUGGAUUACCGCGGCCUUGGCAGGAUAUUCAAGGGUUUGGCACAGUCUGGAUCGUGGGGAUGUUUCGACGAAUUCAACCGCAUUGAGCUGCCGGUGUUGUCGGUGGCAGCUCAGCAGAUCGCCGUUGUCCAUACCUGCAAAAAGGAGAGACGUAAGAACUUCCAGUUUACCGACGGUGACGUGAUACCGAUGAACUCAGAGUUUGGCAUCUUCCUUACCAUGAACCUUGGGUACCACGGACGCCAACAACUCCCGGAAAACCUUAAGAUUCAGUUUCGGAAUGUGGCCAUGAUGGUGCCAGACCGACAGAUCAUUAUCAGGGUGAAGCUGGCCUCGUGUGGCUUCCUGGAGAACAUCACACUGGCACGGAAGUUCUACACCCUCUAUAAACUCUGCGAGGAACAGCUCACGAAGCAGGUGCACUACGACUUCGGGCUACGUAACAUCCUGUCGGUGCUGAGGACACUAGGGGCGUCCAAGAGGGCCAACGCCAAGGAUUCAGAAGCCACCAUCGUCAUGAGGGUCCUAAGGGACAUGAAUCUCUCCAAGCUCGUCGACGAGGACGAACCAUUGUUUAUGUCGCUGAUCGACGAUUUGUUCCCGAAUAUGACGCAGGAGAAGGGCUAUCACAACCAACUCACCUUAAGCAUUGCUGAAAUUGUGGCAGAGUUGGGCCUCAUUAACCACCCACCCUGGACGCUCAAGCUCACGCAGCUGUAUGAAACCCAACGGGUGCGACAUGGCAUGAUGACUCUGGGUCCGAGCGGCGCAGGGAAGACUUCCUGCAUCCACGUCCUCAUGAGAGCCCUCACCAAGAUGGGUCAACCCCACAGGGAGCUGAGGAUGAACCCGAAGGCCAUCACGUCGGCUCAGAUGUUCGGGCGGCUUGACGUGGCCACCAACGACUGGACGGAUGGCAUCUUCUCCACACUCUGGAGGAAGACUCUCAAGGCCAAGAAAGGUGAACACAUCUGGCUGGUGCUGGACGGGCCCGUCGAUGCUAUAUGGAUCGAGAACCUUAACUCGGUGCUGGACGACAACAGGACCUUAACCCUAGCAAAUGGAGACAGGAUACCCAUGUCGCCCGCGUGUAAAGUGAUCUUCGAGCCCGCCAACAUUGACAACGCCUCUCCAGCCACAGUCUCUAGGAAUGGCAUGGUGUAUAUGAGCUCCUCUGGGUUGGACUGGCAACCGCUGCUCAAGGCCUGGCUCAGAACUCGGCCACACCAUGAGCAGUCCAUCCUUACUGAGCUGUUCUCUGGGUGCUUCCUGGACCUGUUCACCUGGACCAGACAGAACCUGCAGCUGUGCGUGCCCGUCCUGCAGGUGAACAUCAUUACCCAGGCGACGAAGGUGAUGGAAGGGCUCUUACCCGAGGAGCAGGCGCAGCAACAUCACGGCAGGCGAGAACCUGACCCAGACACCGACGAAGUGCAGGAGACUCAACAAGCACCCAUCCAGGACCACGUACACCGACUCUUCGUCUUCUCGAUGAUGUGGAGUGUUGGGGCACUCCUGGAACUGCCUGACCGGGCCAAGCUGGAGGAGCACAUAUUCUCUGAUUACACGCACCUUGACCUGCCACCCAAAGGUUCCAGUGGCAACGAGUCUAUGUUCGAUUACCGGGUCGACGACAAUGGAUACUGGCAACACUGGGAGACUAGAGUGACUGAGUUUGUGUAUCCAGACAUUGGCACCCCUGAUUACACCUCUUUCCUCGUCCCCAACGUCGACAAUGUCAGGAUGGAUUUCCUUAUUCACAUCGUCGCCCAGCAAGGAAAGGCCGUGCUGCUGUUAGGUGAGCCGGGGUCAGCCAAGACGGUGACCAUCAACGCCUUCAUGAAGAAGUACAACCCGGAGGACCACUUAUGUAGGAACUUCAACUUCUCCUCGGCCUCCACGCCUCUCUACUUCCAGAGGACCAUCGAGAGUUAUGUGGACAAGAGGAUGGGCAGCACCUUCGGGCCUCCGGCAGGGAAGAAAAUGACAGUGUUUGUGGACGACCUCAACAUGCCCCACAUCAACGACUGGGGUGACCAGCCUACUAACGAGAUUGUGCGUCAGACAAUGGAGAUGGGUGGGUUCUACAGCCUGGAGAAGCCAGGGGACUUUACUUAUGUUGUAGACUUGCAAUUUUUGGCAGCAAUGGGACACCCUGGUGGCGGACGUAACGACAUCCCCUCGCGUCUGAAGCGCCACUUCUGCAUCUUCAACUCGACCAUCCCCUCAGAGAAUUCCAUCAACAAGAUCUUCGGUGUGAUAGCUCGAGGACACUUCAGCAGCAAGCGAGGCUUUACCCAGGAGGUGCGCGACAUGGUGGAGAACCUUGUGCCGCUCACCAGGAAGCUCUGGGCACAUACUAAGAACAAGUUGCUGCCUACACCAGCCAAGUUUCACUAUGUGUUCAACCUACGUGACCUGUCGCGUAUAUGGCAGGGGAUGCUGGGAGCCGCUGCCAACGUAAUUACCUCCUCCGACUCCCUCCUGGCCUUAUGGCGCCACGAGUGUUGUAGGGUCAUAGCUGACAGGUUCACAUCACCCAAGGAUGUUAAAUGGUUCGAGGACGCUCUGGUUAAUGUGGCCCAGCAGGAGCUCGGGAUGCGCUUCACCAAACUUAUCAACACCACCCACUACUUCGUCGACUUUCUCAGGGAUGCCCCAGAACCCACCGGGGACGAGGGCGAGGACCUGGACAUGGAGAUGCCUAAGGUGUAUGAGCCCAUCCCCUCCUUCAGCGCCCUCGAGGACCGCCUGCAGAUGUUCCUCUCACAGUACAACGAGAUGGUCAGGGGUGCCGGCAUGGACCUCGUUUUCUUCACUGAUGCUAUGAUCCACCUCACUCGGAUCUCCCGCAUCAUUCGUAACCCAGGAGGUAACGCCCUGCUGGUGGGUGUUGGCGGCUCCGGCAAGCAGUCACUCACUAAGCUCGCCUCUUUCAUCGCCGGCUACAAGACCUUCCAAAUCGCCCUCACCAGGUCCUAUAAUACGACAAACCUGCUAGAAGACCUGAAGGUGUUGUACAGGACGUGUGGGAUCCAAGGGAAGGGCACGACAUUCAUCUUCACGGAUCAGGAGGUGAAGGAGGAGGCUUUCCUAGAGUACCUCAACAACGUAUUAUCAUCAGGUAUGGUGAGCAACCUGUUCAACCGGGACGAGCAAGGCGAGAUCGUGAGCGAGCUGAUCCCCAUCAUGAAGAGGGAACACCCGCGCCGCCCUCCUACCCCUGAGAACGUCAUGGAUUUCUUCCUCGCGCGCACCCGCCAGAACCUGCACGUCGUCCUCUGCUUCUCCCCCGUGGGUGAAAAAUUCCGAAGUCGUGCCAUGAAGUUCCCGGGGCUGAUCAGCGGGUGUACCAUUGACUGGUUCCAGCCGUGGCCGAAGGAGGCGCUGGUAGCCGUGGCUCAGCAUUUCCUUGACGACUAUGAGAUCAUCAGCACGGCGGAGGUGAAAACCAGCCUGGUGAAGGGCAUGGGCACCAUCCACGAUCACGUAGCCCAGCUCUGUAGCGACUACUUCCAGAGGUACCGACGCGCUGCUCACGUCACCCCCAAGUCCUUCCUCUCGUUCAUCAGUAUUUACAAGAAGAUAUACAACGAGAAACGGGAGGAGAUCGGGGAGUCGGCUGUUAGGAUGACCUCGGGCCUGGACAAGCUGCAGGAGGCGUCGAUAGCGGUGGAGAGACUCAGAGAAGAGCUCUUCGUCAUGGAGGAAGAAUUGGCUGUCGCUUCCGAGAAAGCACAGAAGAUCUUGGAAGAAGUCACUCGUCGCGCUGAGGAAUCCGAGACGAUCAAGGAGGAGGUGGAGAAGGUCCGCGACAAGGCUCAAGCACUUGUCAACGACAUCGCCAAAGAUAAAUCCCUGGCGGAGGAGAAACUGGAGGCCGCCCGCCCUGCCCUGGAGGAGGCAGAGGCUGCCCUCAACACCAUCAAGCCUGCACAUAUUGCCACGAUUCGUAAGUUGGGUCGACCGCCACACCUCAUCAUGCGCAUCAUGGACUGUGUCUUGAUACUGUUCCAGCGACACCUUCAGCCAGUGAGGCCAGACCCCAUCGCUGCCUGCCCAAAACCCUCCUGGCCUGAGAGUCUCAAGAUGAUGGCGAGCACGACCUUCCUGCUGUCGCUGCAGAACUUCCCGAAGGACACCAUCAACGACGAGAUAGUGGAGCUGCUGGAACCUUUUUUUGACAUGGAAGACUACGACAUGGACACGGCCAAGCGGGUGUGUGGCGACGUGGCCGGCCUCCUCUCUUGGACACGUGCCAUGGCCGUCUUCUUCGGCGUCAAUAAGGAAGUUCUGCCGCUCAAGUCGAACCUGGCGCUGCAGGAGGCAAGGCUGCGGCUGGCUAUGGGGGACCUAGAGAGAGCACAGGCGGAGCUGGAUGACAAGCAGCGGGAGUUGGACGUGGUGCGAGGUCAGUACCAGACAGCGCUCGCAGAGAAACAGAAGCUGAUCGAUGCCGCCAACGUGUGUCGCAGGAAGAUGCAAGCAGCCGCUACACUCAUCAAUGGUCUUGCCGGGGAGAAGGUUCGCUGGACCAAGCAGAGUAAAGCCUUCAAACAACAGCUUGGCAGGUUGGUGGGAGACGUCCUGGUGACGACGGCGUUCCUGUCAUAUGCGGGGCCCUUCAACCAGGAGUAUCGCACCAAGAUGACCAAGGCGUGGCGUUCCCUCUUCAACUCACGCAACAUCCCCUACACUCGCGAUCUCGACGUGACCACCUGGCUCAUUGACAACGCCACUGUGACAGAGUGGAACCUCCAGGGACUCCCCAACGACGAGCUCAGUAUCCAGAACGGCCUCAUUGUGAGCAAGGCUUCCUGUUACCCGCUACUCAUCGACCCUCAAGGCCAAGGCAAGAUUUGGAUCAAGAACAGAGAAGCCAUGAAUGAACUUCAGAUCUCCUCCUUGAACCACAAAUACUUUAGAGCCCACUUGGAAGACUCACUCUCACUGGGUCGGCCUCUGCUGAUCGAGGACGUCGAGGAGGAACUUGACCCCGUCCUCGACAACUUGCUGGAGAGGAACUUCAUCAAGUCUGGAUCCAUUCUAAAGGUGGUGGUGGGAGACAAGGAGUGUGACGUGAUGCCAGGAUUUAUGUUGUACAUCACCACCAAGCUAUCCAACCCAGCCUAUGCCCCGGAGGUCUCUGCUAAGACCGCCAUCAUAGACUUCACUGUCACCGUCCAUGGCCUUGAGGAUCAACUUUUGGGUCGGGUGAUACGGACGGAGAAGAGCGAGCUGGAGAACGAGCGUUUGGCGCUAAUUGAGGAGGUGAUGGAGAACAAGAGGAGGAUGAAGGAACUUGAGGACAACCUCCUCUUCCGCCUCACAUCAGUACAGGGCUCUCUGGUUGACGACGAGGACCUCAUCAUGGUGCUGCAGGACACCAAGUCAACGGCGCAGGAUGUGAGCACCAAACUACAGAUAGCUUCAGAGACGGAACGUAAGAUUAACGGUGCCCGCGAGGAGUACCGCCCCGUGGCCACCCGUGGCUCUAUACUCUACUUCCUCAUUACCGACAUGGCCGCCGUCUCCUGCAUGUACCAGACCUCCCUCAGGCAGUUCCUCAUACUCUUCAACUUGUCCAUGACCAAGUCGGACCGCAGCAAUGCCCCCAAGACGAGGAUCGCUAACAUCAUCAGGUACCUAACACAUCAGGUGUGGAGGAACACUUGCCGUGGCUUCUAUGAAUGUCACAAGUUCCUCUUCACGCUCCUGCUGGCCAUGAAGAUUGAUCUCCAGUGCAGCCAUAUCUCUCACGACGAGUUCAUGAAGUUUAUUAAAGGUGGUGCCUCUCUGGACCUGAAGGCGGUGCAGCCUAAACCCUUCCGCUGGAUCUUGGAUAUCACUUGGCUCAACCUGGUGGAGCUGAGUAAACUGCCGCAGUUCACCAAUAUUCUCGACCAGAUCACUGAGAACGAGAAGGACUGGCGACAAUGGUUUGAGAAGGAUAAACCGGAGGAGGAGGAAUUGCCGAUUGGUUACUCUCGCUCCCUGGAUAUGUUCCGCCAACUGCUGCUCGUCAGGUCUUGGUGCCCUGACAGAACAAUCUCCCAAGCCCGUCGCUACAUCCGUAGUGCACUUGGGGAGCAGUACGCAGACAGUGUCAUUCUGGACCUGGAGGCCACUUGGGAUGAAUCAGACAACCGGACUCCACUUGUCUGUUUCCUUUCUCAGGGGUCUGAUCCGUCCGGCCAGAUCGAAACACUUGCCAAGGCUAAAGAAAUAGAGAUCAGGUUCAUAUCGAUGGGUCAAGGACAAGAGGCUCACGCCAGACGUCUAUUGUUGGAGGCGAUGGCGGCGGGUCGGUGGCUGUUGCUACAGAACUGUCACCUCAGCCUUGAGUUCUGUCAGGAGAUGCUCGACACCAUCACAGAGUCCAGCAACGUCCAUAAGUGCUUCCGCCUCUGGAUCACCACCGAGGUCCAUGCCGCCUUUCCCAUCGGCCUCCUUCAGAUCUCCAUCAAGUUCACCAACGAGCCUCCACAGGGUAUCCGGGCCAGCCUCAAGCGGACCUAUACAGACGUCUCCCAGGUCAGCAACCAUAACGCCUGUGUCCUCAUCCUACAAUAUGAGGGCACCUCCUCCACUUAACAGAUAUUUAUCAUUCAUACUCAUUGCUCUUUUUUCUUUUA